AUGGAUCUCGCGGCGGAGGAGCUUCAAUUUCUCAGCAUCGGAGGUAUAUUGCGUGAAUCCACCACGAUCCCCAAAUUCUCCCCCAGAACCUUCUACCUCAUUACCUUAACCCUAAUUUUCCCUCUCUCCUUCGCAAUCCUCGCUCAUUCUCUCUUUACCCAACCCAUCUUAUCUCAGCUGGAUUCUUCUCCUCCUUCAGAUCAAUCUCAGACCAAUCACGAAUGGACCCUUCUCUUCGUUUAUCAAUUCAUCUACGUUAUCUUCCUCUUCGCCUUCUCUCUCCUCUCCACCGCAGCCGUCGUCUUCACCGUCGCCUCUCUCUACACCGGUAAACCUGUUUCUUUCUCAUCCACAAUGUCGGCGAUUCCUCUGGUUCUGAAACGUUUGUUCAUCACUUUCCUCUGGGUUUCUCUUUUGAUGCUUGUGUACAACUCCAUCUUCUUGUUGUUUCUGGUGGUUUUGAUCAUAGCCAUCGAUUUACAGAGCGUGAUUCUCGCUGUUUUCUCGAUGGUUGUGAUCUUCGUUAUGUUCUUGGGUGUUCAUGUUUACAUGACUGCUUGGUGGCAUUUAGCUAGUGUUGUCUCUGUUCUUGAACCAAUCUAUGGGAUUGCUGCGAUGAAGAAGAGCUAUGAGUUGCUUAAAGGAAGAACGAAUAUGGCUUGUUCUAUGGUUUUUAUGUAUCUUGCUCUAUGUGGUUUCAUUGCUGGAGUUUUCGGAAGUGUUGUUGUUCGUGGAGGAGAUGAUUUUGGGUUGUUUACGAAGAUUGUGGUUGGUGGUUUCUUGGUUGGUAUUCUAGUGAUUGUGAAUCUAGUGGGAUUGCUUGUGCAGAGUGUGUUUUACUAUGUUUGCAAGAGUUUUCACCAUCAACCGAUUGAUAAAUCCGCGUUGCACGAUCAUCUUGGUGGGUAUCUCGAAGUCAACUGUUGCUUUCAAGAGAGAAGAUUCUUGUUUCUGGAUUUGUCAACAAGACUAGGCCGCGCCAGAGACGGUUCUCGAAGGUUUAAGCUUCAACAUCAUCUGGAGCCACAAGUGGAGAAUCUCACCGACCUCGGCAUUGGAAAUGAACAAUUUAGACGGACCAGGUGCUUCAACACAAUCUACACCGGCGAACAAUCAGGAAGCUCCACCUUGAAAGGUGAAUGGAAAGAGGCCAAGGUAAUAAUUGAUCAGAACAAUAAUAUUGUCCGCGCAGCAAUUACUCGUAAUCGAGAGACGACUCUUCACAUUGCUGCUGCUACCAAGCACACGGGCUUUGUAAAACACCUGCUUACAAGAAUGGAAAAAAGUGAUCUUGCACUGAAGAACAAAGAUAAGAACACGGCUCUUUGUUUCGCUGCUGCAUCGGGAACAAAAAAGAUGGCUGAAAUGAUGGUCAAUAAAAAUGAAGAUCUGCCUAUGAUUCGAGGCAAUGGAUCAGUGACUCCACUUUACAUGGCUGCUUUGUUUGGACACAGGGAGAUGGUUUUGUACCUUUACGACAAGACAGACGUUGAAAGCCUAGAUGAUUCCGAGCUUGUCAAUCUCUUUCAUGCUAUCAUAGGAGCUAAUAUCUACGAUGUUGCACUGAGUAUGUUGGAGAGGAAGCAGACACUGGCCACAUCUCGAAGUAGUAGUGGAGAGAUUGCUUUGCACUUAAUGGCCCGAAAACCUACAACAAUUGGCCCUGAGAGACAGCUCAGUUACUUUCAGCGACUAGCAAAUUGCAUUUUUGAAGGUAUCUUCUUUGAAGAUAAAAUGCGGACAUUAGCUCAUCAGUUGGUUGAGAAUAUGUGGAAAUUGGUUAUUAMGCAGCCUGAGCCAAAGGUUUCCGAUUUACUAAGGACACCAACAAGGCUACUCUUCGAUGCUGCAUCAUCAGGCAACGUUGAGUUUCUUGUGAUUUUAAUCCGUUCAUAUCCUGAUCUUAUAUGGAAAGUUGAUGAGGAGAACAAAAGCUUGUUUCACGUUGCUGCAUUAAACCGUCAUGAAAGCAUCUUCAAUAUAAUUUAUGAACUUGGUUCAAUCAAGGAUUUGAUAGCGGCCUAUAAGGAAGUUUCAACUAAAAACAAUAUGUUACAUCUCGUAGCUACCUUGCCUCCUCCUGAACGGUUGCAGAUAGUCUCAGGGGCAGCUCUUCAAAUGCAAAGAGAACUUCUUUGGUUCAAGGCUGUGAAAAAGAUUGUACCUCCUUCAUACAUCAAGGCCAAAAAUAGCAAAGACGAAGUGGCACAUGACCUCUUUACAGAGAAACACAGAGAAUUGCGAAAAGAAGGGGAGAAAUGGAUGAAAGAUACUGCAACCUCAUGCAUGCUUGUCUCUACUUUGAUAGCGACUGUGGUUUUUGCUGCGCCUUUUACAGUACCCGGUGGAACCAAUGACGCAACUGGGUUUCCCAUCUUGAGGAAAAAGCUUUGGUUUGAUGUUUUCAUAAUGUCAGAUGCAGUUGCCCUCUUUUCUUCAUCGAUUUCCAUAGUGAUAUUCCUCUCAAUCCUCACUUCAAGGUACGCAGAAGAUGAUUUUCGGGUAUCUUUACCUUCGAGGCUGAUGCUAGGACUGUUAGCUUUAUUUGUGUCCAAACAGCAUGGUCGUUUCCUUCAGUGCCACACUGUUCUUGAUCCAAGACUGGAGAUUCGCAUGGAAUAUAACCCUUCUUAUAUGUCUUGCGUUCAUCAUCGCAUUGUCAUUUGCCCUGUUACAUGUCCGGCUUUGGUUUGA